UGGCGCUCUAGAAGAGUGGAGCUGCUCCAGUAGUGAGGGUAUAAAUACAGAUUUCUCUUAUCGACAAAUUGUAUAUGUGUUAGUCCCUCACGAGCAUCAUCAUGAAGUUUUUGAUCCUCACGGCUUWCYUAAUCGGAACUUGCCUUGCUCAAGGUCCUUUACAAAGACGCCAAGAGCAAUACGACGACGACCAGCAGUACCAGCAAAAGCCGCAACAGCAAUAUCAAGAGCAACAAAAACCCCAGUACAAUCAACAAUAUCAAGAACAACGUCCAAGAUCGCACGAAUCUACAACCUUUAUCCCUAUUAUUAGAUUCGAUAAAGAACAAGGCAACGAUGGCAGCUACAAAGCUGCAUGGGAAACCGGAAAUAAUAUUAUUGCUCAAGAAGAAGGUUACGUGAAGGAUCUUGGACCGGAUCCAGACGCAGAGGGCCAACACUUAAACGCUCAAGUGCAGCAAGGAUCUUACACUUAUACUUCUCCUGAAGGACAAGUAAUAACUGUCAACUACAUUGCUGACGAGAAAGGUUUCCAUCCUUCAGGAGAUCAUUUGCCUACUCCACCCCCAGUGAGUCCUGAAGUGCAGAAGGGAUUAGAUUUGAUUUUUGCGGGAAUAAAAGCACAACAAGAGGCUGAGGAAAGAGAGACACGUCAAGGACCUCAAGGACAAAAAAACAAUGCUCCACCGCAAGAUUAUAACGGACAAUACCGUCAUUCGACGCUCUUUUUCAACAAAACCAAAAUGAAAGUGAUAAUUGCUCUCUGUGCCCUUAUCGCGGCCUCUCACGCCCAACAACAGGCAACCAGUGAACCCAUUCCCAUAGUCAAGUACGACAACGAAGGAGUCAAUGCUGAUGGGUCAUACCAAUGGAGCUACGAAACUGGAAACGGCAUUAAUGCACAAGAACAAGGACAAAUAAAAAAUGCCGGCUCUGAAAACGAAGCUGCUGAAGUUCAAGGAUCAGCUUCGUGGACGGCUCCUGAUGGCACUGCCAUUUCUCUGAAUUAUAUUGCUAACGAAGAUGGAUUCCAACCUCAGGGUGAUCAUUUACCGACUCCACCCCCAAUUCCUCCAGCGAUCCAAAGAGCUUUGGAAUGGAUUGCCGCCCAUCCUGAACCGGAGGAAGCAGCCGCUCCCGCUGCAAGCAAUUUGAAACCAGUUUAUAAAAAAAUCGCCCCUCAACAAAGGAGAUUUUAAGCUGUUUUCUUGUAAAUAAAUUUUAUUGUGUAAA